UACGAGGGACUGUCUCAGUGAAGAAAAGAAAUGGCGAUGCUCGGAGGGUUUAGCGCAGCACAGCACAAGAAAAACGUCUCUGACGGGAACAGCGACGUGUCAGAAUUCAUUUGUCCGGUGUGUCUCGAAAUUUUCGAGAGUCCAGUAAAAACUCAAUGCGGCCAUACGUUUUGCCAUAGUUGUCUGCAGGAGUGUUUGCGUCCACACAAGCCUGUCUGCGCUGUAUGUAGGGCUGUGCUUGGCCACUGGACUAAAGCUGCUGAUCUAGAGGCCCUCAUUCAAUCAUCUGUGGCAGCCUGCAAAGGAUGUGGAACUCAGAUUGGACUUUCUCAGAUGAGAAGCCACACAGCUAGCUGUUCAAAAUACCAGGACUACAUUGAAGAGGGAGUGAGGACCACUGCCCAGAACCAGCCUGCCAUCAUCAGCCCAGUGCCAAAUCGCUACACCUUCACCUGCCCGUACUGCAACUGCCAGAACCUCGAUCAGGAUGGCCUGGUUGAACAUUGCACUUCCCAGCAUGCCCGAGACGCACGACAAGUAGUUUGCCCCAUCUGUGCCUCAAUGCCUUGGGGGGACCCUAACUACAGGAGCGCUGACUUUUUCCAGCACCUGAAGAUCAGGCACACCUUCUCCUAUGAUACCUUUGUUGACUACUCCACAGAUGAGCACACAAUGAUCCAGGAGGCUCUACAGCGCUCCCUAUUGGACAACUGAAGUGUGAGGAACAGUUCACCGGAGGAUAGAUCCAGUGAUGUGAAGUCUUGAGAAGACAGAACAACACACUUUAUCAUCAUUCAUCUAUCAUGAGGAUGGUGGUACUGUAUUACCAUGGGUAAUCAGUUUCACAGGGAAAUGGUAUUGUAACUAUGAAUCUAUAGGUUUAUUAUUCAGAUAAUAAAUCACGCAAUAUGGUUAAAAAAAAAGCAUAUUGUACUGUCUGAUUUAGGAGUGAUACUGUGUUUCUGGUGUGAUAAUCUUUUAUCUUCCCCCAGUUAAGUCUGUAGAUUUGAUAGUUUGUUGAAUAUCUACUACACUAUGUUUAUUAAGCUGUUCGUUCAUUGAUAACAUGGUGUCAUAGCCAAAAACUUCCAAAGUUGUAAUUAAAAUUCCCUGUUGUCAAUACUUGAUGUUAUAAAAGGGUUUGACCACUAGGUGGCUAACUAUUGCCAGAAAACCACAAACUUCACUCAGUGAAGUCAUCGGUCAAGUAAUGUUAACAAAAAUAUAUGAUAAUCUAACUCAAGAGUGACAAUGCAUGUUCACUCUCAAAAGAGAAGAGGGGGUUUAGGUUUUUUUGUUUGUUUUUGAGUUAAUUAGCAGAUAGAAGCUCUGUCUUUUUUUAUGCUGUUUCUGGGUGAAGUGUGUAUGAGAGAGUAUGUGUUCAUUCUGUUUUCAGAGAUCUACUGGAAAGAAUAAAUAAUACGAGGGUCAAACAAAGCCAGAAAUGGCUGUUUGCUUUAUUGUAAUGUUUCUCCCUUAUGUCUUCGUGCCUGCUGGUAGAUCUUGUUUCUGACUUCCAAAACUCAUAGGGCUAAUAUUUCAUCCAGUGAACCAAAAGAUAAAAGUAGGAGACCAUCGGCCUGUCAUAAUUUGUCAGUUUUGUGAUUUUCUUCAUUUGGUGAGAAUUUCUUUGCCUGUUUAUGGCCAUAGGAGGGCAGUAGAGUUCCACCUUUCUCUGGCCAUUCAUGAGAGCCCUCACCAUCUUUUUGGCUCUGUUGCAAGGCAUAAUUCAACACAGAUUUCAUUCUAUAAAUGUGCUUUACUUAAUGUGUUGUUCUCCGGCUUAUUUUUUUGUUCAAAUGCAGCACACAAAAUAUCACUGGUCUUUAGAAAGGUUUUGGUGGAGUUACAGAAUAAACAUAACUUCACUUUUUAGACAGCUGACAAUUUGAUAUGACUUUUAUCUGUUACUUACUGCUGUGUGUUUUUUUCAUGUCCGGUGUCUUGGAUUCUUCUUCACAAAAAAACAACAACUUUGUUUUGCUGGUUUUCAUGUUUCUUAACAUCACUGCCAACAGUUCUGGAAAAAAGAAAUAGUAACAUAGUUAUUAUUUGUAUGCUUCCAAUUACUGGCAGCAUGUGAAGUAACAAGAAGUUUGUUUUACUUUGCUUGAUGUUUUUAUUUUAAUUCUUAAAUGUAAAUUGUGUCUGUUAUUUUACAUCUGUGCUGUUUUCCAAUGACUUGUAAUUGUCACAAAUCAACUAUAUACUGUAGUACCAAUCUUCACACACAGUUGCAUCGCAUUUGUCUUCUAACAACAGGUAAAUAAAACUGCACACACCCAGAUCAAGUAGCUCUAGAGCGGAACCUUAAUGCCUUUUCACUUAGUCUUUGGUGCCACUUAGGCCUAGAUGUCUGUUUUUCUCUCCAGUAAAAUGUGUAAUAAUUUUGUAUGUGUUUCUCAUGUAUAAUGGCCAUUUUUUUCUCAAUAUAUCUCUCAUUCUCUUUUGUCAGCCCUACUGUCAGGGGGUGCUAAAUCCUGAUAAAUUAAAGCUCUUUAAUUAUUUAAACCCUG